AGUCUAACAAAGCUGAGAACUUAUUCGAUAGAGGUCAAGUUAAAAGAGAAGAUAGUGAAAACAUAACACACUUCACUAAUGCGAUUACAGAGUUUUUGUUGCAAAUAGAAAUUCAAAAUGGGAAAUGA